AUGCUAGGAAAAGGCAACUCUGGUGAAAGCUCAAGCACUGCGUCAAGGCUAGCCGCAUGCCUGAACUUGCACUACCCUUUCGUAUGCGCACUCUGCUCCAAAGCUUUUCCAACCGCACAGGCACUGGGAGGCCACCAAAACGCGCACCGGAAAGAACGAAAAGGGGCGCAGAGGAUUAGCGUUGAGCAACACCUAGCAAGGGUGAAAAAUAUCAUCCUCAGUACUGCACCCACCAAUGAUGAUUGCAUCUUUCAGCAUUUUGCGCUGUCGAUUGCUAAACACGGGUCGAACCAUGGUCCUUCUGGUUCCGGGCCUGGAUAUGGUCCUUCCGGGCCUGGAUCACCCGGGGAUGGAUAUGGGAAUGGGAGGGCUCCUCAAUAUCAUCCUUAUAAUAAUGUUAAGCCUAGGCAUGAUCAGAAACCAAUGUCCUUCCUUGAGUUGACAUUGGGGACUGUCGUGGCAAGUGACGACGCAGCUGAAUAUGCUACGGCUCCGUUUCAUCGAGGCGAAGAUGGCACCGAAAUCAUCACUUCCAAGGAAAAGCUUGACUUAACUCUCAGGCUCUAA